AUGCUCUCAAGCCCACCAUCGAUUUUCGCGAUCGAAGCGCUGCCCGAGCUGAUGCAGAUCGAAGUGCUAAAGAAUUUAACGUUGCACCAACUGUAAGUUGUGACAAUUUUCUCACUUUUUCCUCCUCAAACCAUUCAUCUUCUCAGGUACCGCUUCUCGAGAGGAUCCCGACGAUGCCGGCAGAUGGUGGCUCUGAUGAAGCAUCAUGUGCACAUCGAGAUCGAUCUGAGCUACAGCGGAAAGACGAUGCGAUUGGUGCCGACGAAUGGCGAGCAGCCGCUGAAAUGGGAGUUUCAGACGGACGUCGCCGCGAACGGAUCCAUGUACGGAGCGAUUGGACAGCCGUGAGUUGGGACGACUAUAUUAAACGUUUGAGAUUAGAUUGGGUUAACCGUUCUGGACUUUGAGUUCGUAGUUCGUAGAGUAUCCACCGAAAACUAAUUGUUUUAGGGUGCCACCUCGAAAACCAGCCGCCGAGUUGCUCACCGCCGAGCACAAGAUGGGGAUCAAGUUGGCGCACCUCAUCGAGGCCUUCCGAUGCCCCGUCCGAAAGUUCGAUUUCAACGGCGAAGCGGUCAACCACUGGCGCUCCGUGUUCACUCGGUUCCGUCAGUGCGAAGAGCUGAUUGUUCGAGGGGGCCGCACUGACGACGCGUGUCUUCAGUACAUACUCGAGAACAUCCGGGUCACGCGGCGAUUCGAAAUCCGGUAUUGGACGAGCCGUCAGGUGAGAUGCUCGAAUCGCAUCUUCAACUGUGAUCAGCUGGACCUCGGCAAUGCGCCCUGGAUGAAUCGCGAGCACUUGAUGGGAAUGAAGUGCGCCACGGCCGACAUUUCCGGAGUGUGGUUCACAAAACAGGACCUCGCGGAUUUUGUGUCGAAAUGGUACCAUUCGGAUGACACUCGGCUGCAGUGCGUGCACUUCUUCUUGGCUGUCGAAAUGAAUGACUUCGAGUUGGAGGAGGGCAUUCCGACGAAAAGCUGGGAUCUACGCGAGCGCGGACCGGUUUAUCGGUUAGUUUUUGACUAAAUUUGGUCUAAAUUUUACAUUUCCAUCGUUUCAGAGUGUCCCGUCACAAAAAAAUCGACUGCAGAAAGGGCAUGGACAUCGAGCGCAACGACGGACUGCUGGCGACUGUGAUCUCCGAAGAAAGGCAUUUCAAAUUUGUCGUCUGGCACAAUCGUUUCCCCCGAAUUCCAGACUUGUCAAAUGCGGCGCCGGCCCAGCCCAGAUGGCCCGUCUGGCAGGGCCUGUGGUAG